AUGAAUCAACUUACUCGUCAAGAAAUCACACCAACAUAUUACGAAAUUCUUGAAAUUUCAGACGAAAAUGUAUCAAUUGAACAAAUUAAACGACAAUAUCAAAAAUUAUUACUUUUCUAUCAUCCAGAUAAAUUAGGAUCAAUCAUGAAAAAAAUCGAAGAGAAUAUCAAUAAUAAUGAAAAUGACCGUAAAGUUGAACUCAUUAUCAAGGCAUGGCAAGUACUUAAAGAUCCCGAAUCGAGAAAGGUAUAUGAUGAUGAAUUAAAAGCGACACGAUUAAAACAAGAUGGAAUUUAUAAUACGGAAGUUGAUUUAGAUGAUAUGGAAUAUAACGAAGAAACAAAAUCUUAUUCUAUACCAUGUCGUUGUAGUGGAUAUCAUAUUAUAACAGAACAUGAUUUAGAGCAAGGAGCAAAUAUUACAGGAUGUACUAAUUGCUCAUUAAAAAUUCAUGUAUUAUACGAGAUGAUAAUUGAUGAAUGA